AUGACUGGCUCAUCUUCUCCAGAUAAAUCGGAGAGAACCCCACCUAAUGGGUUUGAGAAAAGCUUUCUUGGGAGACCAGAAGGUUUUGGGAGGAAGGUUCCUCUAUUACAUUAUGAUUCCAAUAGAAUGUUGUCAAGAAAUGAUUCUCAAUCUUCCCUUGGGAGUGCUAUGGAUGAGCUAGGAGCAUAG